AUGUCUAUCUCACCGACAUACAACCUCGAGCUGCGCCUCCACAUUAUUAAGAAGAUGCCCCCAAAGGCCACUGAGAUUAUUCCGCUGCUCUCCUGCCGCGAAUCUUCACCUCCGUCGUUAGAGCGCAAUAGAAGCGAGCCUCAAUGGCGCACCAACGGCUUCUGGAGCACACAUCCCCACUACAAAGGACGCCCUGAGUACGUUGAGUCCCUCUUCUACGCGCACCGCAUCACAGGUGAGGCACGCUUCCGCGAGUGGGCAUGGGACGCGUUCACGGCGAUGGAGCGGUACUGCAAGGCGCCAUAUGGCUACGCGCAGCUGGCGGGUGUGUACAGAGUGGACCCUGGACAGUGGAGCAGCGAGAGCGGGGGGAGGUGGAUUGACAUGCAUGAGAGCUUCUGGGCUGCCGAGACGCUCAGGUAUCUAUGGCUUGCGUUCAGCGACGCGAAUAUUGCGAGUUUGAAUCGGUAG